GCCGCGGGAGCCGGGUCCCUGUCCCCGGGCCGGGCGCCGCCGCCGCCCCUUGCUUAGCGCCCGCGUCUCCGCGGCGCCCCCAUAGCGCCAAUAUUCCGGAGAUCAAGCGUUACGCGGCGGCGGUGGCGGCGGCGGCGGCGGCGGCGGGGUCCGGAGCGGGAGGCGCCGGGGACCGCGGCGAGGCGUCCCCCGCCGCCGCCAUGGAGGCGCUGGGACCCGGACCUCCAACCAGCCUGUUUCAGCCACCUCGUCGUCCUGGCCUUGGAACUGUUGGAAAACCAAUUCGACUGUUAGCCAAUCAUUUUCAGGUUCAGAUUCCUAAAAUAGAUGUGUAUCACUAUGACGUGGAUAUUAAACCAGAAAAACGGCCUCGUAGAGUCAACAGGGACGUAGUAGAUACAAUGGUGCGACACUUCAAGAUGCAGGUAUUUGGUGAUCGGCAGCCUGGCUAUGAUGGCAAAAGAAACAUGUACACAGCACAUCCACUGCCAAUUGGACGGGAGAGGGUUGAUAUGGAAGUGACCCUUCCAGGUGAGGGUAAAGACCAGACCUUUAAAGUGUCUGUUCAGUGGGUAUCAGUUGUGAGCCUUCAGUUGCUUUUAGAAGCUUUGGCUGGGCACUUGAAUGAAGUCCCAGAUGACUCAGUUCAAGCACUUGAUGUUAUCACAAGACACCUUCCCUCCAUGAGGUACACUCCAGUGGGUCGCUCCUUUUUCUCACCUCCUGAAGGUUACUACCACCCUCUGGGAGGGGGCAGGGAGGUUUGGUUUGGCUUUCAUCAGUCUGUGAGACCUGCCAUGUGGAAUAUGAUGCUGAAUAUUGAUGUAUCUGCAACUGCUUUCUACCGGGCUCAGCCUAUCAUUGAGUUCAUGUGUGAGGUUUUAGACAUUCAGAACAUCAAUGAACAGACCAAACCUCUAACAGACUCCCAGCGUGUCAAGUUUACCAAAGAAAUCAGAGGUCUUAAAGUUGAGGUGACCCACUGUGGACAGAUGAAACGAAAAUAUCGAGUGUGUAAUGUGACUAGACGGCCAGCCAGUCAUCAGACUUUUCCCUUACAGCUAGAAAAUGGGCAAGCAAUGGAAUGUACAGUAGCUCAAUAUUUUAAGCAAAAGUAUAGUCUGCAACUGAAAUACCCGCAUCUUCCCUGUCUCCAGGUGGGACAAGAACAAAAGCAUACAUACUUGCCACUUGAGGUUUGUAAUAUAGUGGCAGGACAACGAUGUAUAAAGAAGCUCACGGACAAUCAGACUUCCACGAUGAUCAAAGCCACAGCAAGAUCUGCUCCUGACAGACAGGAAGAAAUCAGUAGACUGGUGAAGAGUAACAGCAUGGUUGGUGGACCUGAUCCAUAUCUUAAAGAAUUUGGUAUUGUUGUCCACAAUGAAAUGACUGAGCUCACAGGCAGGGUACUUCCAGCACCAAUGCUGCAAUACGGAGGCCGGAAUAAAACGGUAGCCACACCCAACCAGGGUGUCUGGGACAUGCGAGGAAAGCAGUUUUAUGCUGGCAUUGAAAUUAAAGUUUGGGCAGUUGCUUGUUUUGCGCCUCAGAAACAAUGUAGGGAAGAUUUACUAAAGAGUUUCACUGACCAGCUCCGUAAAAUCUCUAAGGAUGCAGGAAUGCCCAUCCAGGGUCAGCCAUGUUUUUGCAAGUAUGCACAAGGUGCAGACAGCGUGGAGCCCAUGUUUAAACACCUGAAAAUGACAUAUGUGGGCCUACAGCUAAUAGUGGUUAUCUUGCCUGGGAAGACACCAGUAUAUGCGGAGGUGAAACGUGUUGGAGAUACCCUCCUGGGUAUGGCUACACAGUGUGUCCAGGUAAAAAAUGUAGUGAAGACCUCACCUCAAACCCUUUCCAACCUUUGCCUGAAGAUAAAUGCGAAGCUCGGAGGAAUUAACAACGUGCUUGUACCUCAUCAAAGGCCCUCGGUGUUCCAGCAGCCUGUCAUCUUCCUGGGAGCGGAUGUCACGCACCCCCCAGCAGGGGAUGGGAAGAAGCCUUCCAUUGCUGCUGUCGUUGGCAGUAUGGACGGCCACCCCAGCCGGUACUGUGCAACCGUUCGGGUGCAGACGUCCCGCCAGGAGAUCUCCCAGGAGCUCCUCUAUAGUCAGGAGGUAAUCCAGGACCUUACUAACAUGGUUCGAGAGCUGCUGAUCCAGUUCUACAAAUCCACACGCUUCAAACCCACUCGGAUCAUCUAUUACCGUGGAGGGGUAUCCGAGGGACAGAUGAAACAGGUAGCUUGGCCAGAACUAAUAGCAAUUCGAAAGGCAUGUAUUAGUUUGGAAGAAGAUUACCGGCCAGGAAUAACCUAUAUUGUGGUGCAGAAAAGACAUCACACACGACUCUUCUGUGCAGAUAAAACAGAGAGGGUGGGGAAAAGUGGCAAUGUACCAGCAGGCACUACCGUGGAUAGCACCAUCACGCAUCCAUCUGAGUUUGACUUUUACCUCUGUAGUCAUGCAGGAAUUCAGGGAACCAGCCGUCCUUCACAUUACCAGGUCUUGUGGGAUGACAACUGCUUCACUGCAGAUGAGCUCCAGUUACUAACUUACCAGCUAUGUCAUACCUAUGUGCGGUGCACACGCUCAGUCUCUAUUCCAGCGCCUGCCUAUUAUGCCCGCCUUGUAGCAUUCAGGGCAAGGUAUCAUCUGGUGGAUAAAGAUCAUGACAGUGCGGAAGGCAGUCAUGUGUCAGGACAGAGCAACGGCCGAGAUCCUCAGGCCUUGGCUAAAGCUGUGCAGAUCCACCAUGAUACCCAGCACACGAUGUAUUUUGCCUGAGAGUCUCAGAAAAAGAACUCAACCAGUUUGGCACCCCAUGCAGGCUCAAAAUGUUUCAAACGCCUACUGCCUCUAGAGAGAGCCAAGUUGACUUCAGGUGGUCUUCUACCAGCAACUCAGAAUAGUUGCACUGAAUCUAUACUUCGCAGCACUGUCUGAUGCAUCAACAAAAUUGAGCCAUUUUUUUAAAGUAAUAGAUACUCAUUGAUUAUCUUUUCUGAUGCACUGGACUGAAUUUUUACCUCAUCAUGCAAAGGCUAAUCAGCCUGAACUUUCUAAAGGACUUUAUGAGAAAGGUUUCUAUGGACUAUUUUGCUAGCUGUGGUGUUCACCGCAUCCCUCUAGUCUUACAAGAGAAGCUUAUUCCUUUUUUCUGUAUUCGUCGAGUGGGGUAUAUACAUAAAUGGGAGAGAAAAACCAAACAAUCUACUUCAGUUCAGUGUAACUAUUUAAUUGUGUGGGUCCAUAGGCUUUUUAAUGGAGAUUUCUGACUUCACCACUGUAAAUGCCUUUAACGAGCAUUAAUUUUUGAAAGUUUUACAGAGUUUUAUUAGUUUUACUACUUUAUCUAUUGAUCUCUACAGACUUGUGCUGGUGCAAGUACAGGCUGCCAGGCAAUUGCACUAUAUUUGGCUGCAGAUUCAGACAGGCAGUUCUCUUAUUUGGUUGACUUUUGUGAAUGUGUAACACAUGUAAUGCAUGUCGCGGUGACAGGUAACACUGCCAUGGUAAAAGUACUCAUGUUUCCCCCUCUUUGAAAAAAAUUAGCUUUUAGUAUUUUUCAGAGUUUUCAAAGGUGCCCAUUUUAUGCUGCUGUGUGGUUUGUUAGAUCUAAAUGAUUUUUAAACUUUUCUCAUAGCAAGUUAACUUUGGCAAUAAACAGUUUUUAAAGUCCCUCGUCUUCCUCCCCCUGACAGUGUAGUUUUUUAGGUGAGAUUUCGGUAUGAUUUUUAUCAGCUAUUUCUUAUAGAUCAUAA